AUGCGUUUCACUGCUACCUUCCUGAUGCUUGUGACCGCCAUUGGCGGCGCCACCGCCGCGCCUAGCGCCGAGCCCGUCGAAAUCCAGGCGAGAGAAGCCGGAGUUGACAUUAAAAUUUGCAACGACACCAACUUGGGAGGAAACUGUAUUGAUGCUACAGUUUACGCUCAGCAUGACUGCCAUUCUUUGAACGGCAGUCCUGUCAACCAGAAUGUUAAGUCGGUUAGCAUCCCUAAUGGCUACCGCUGUCGCUUCUGGAGCUCCACCGUCUGCAAUGGCGGUGGCACCGGCGAUAUCCAAAGCCCCGGCAACAAUGACAUCAGCUCUGACAGAGUAAGCUCUGUCAAGUGCUACGCCAACUAA